AUGUCGGGAGCCGAACUGCCGCUCGCUAUUAUCGGCGCAGUGGACCUCUGUAUCAAGUAUGGAGGCAAGCUCAUCAAACUAUGCGCCGCUUUUAAGGGGGCGGAUAAUGAGAUUACUGAGCGCAUCUUGCGAUUGGAGGCUGGCUGGUUCAAGACGGAGCUGCAGCUAGACUUCAUGCGACGUGUUCCGUCUCUGAUGGCUGGCUAUCAUCGCCAGCUAAAUGAGAAGAUUGUCGAAAUGUUGCAAAGCAAGCUGAGCAUCGUUACGACAAAAAUUGAGCGAGUUGUCAAAUUGCCGGAUGAUGACGGCGAGGAGUCUACUGCAGGGUAUAUCAGCUCAAAAGUAAAAGCGAAGAGAUGGAAGUACGCGGUGUUCAAAGAGAGUAUCGACGAAGCCAUCGAGGAGUUGGAGUUGUGGCAGCGGACUGCCGAUCCCUCUUGGUAUCUCAUUCUCAAAAUAGCGAACUCUCAGGUCGAUCAGGUGCUCAAAGCCGGUGAUGCUACUACGGCUGCAUUUUUCCCGUCCACCAAAACUAUUCGCGCGUGUCUCCGAACCGAUAAUGGCACUGAGGUUCCGGGAAUCUUUCUCCCUGCCCAUGAACUAGAGAAAAUGACUGUGCAGCGCAUUUUGUUCUGCGAGGCAAAGGCAGCCACACGAAACAGCACACGUAAAGGUCCUCAAAACUUUCUACUCGCUUCUAUGGAAUGUCCACCUAUCGCAAAUCGUCAGCUGGUCAAACGGGACAUGCGCGAUCUGGCCCGAAAGCUACAGCAUGAUGACCCUGGAACGUUUGGACUUCUCUCAUGCAAGGGGGUUGUCGAGCAGCUUGAGUCUACAGAGACUGAUGCACAACCGCGUGUGUCUUUCACCAUGGUGUUUCGUGCUCCUAAUAAUCUUUCAAAUCCAAGGAGUCUGAGACAUUUACUCUUGUCGGGUAACAGUCGAGUCGCUCUAUCCGACAAAUUCGACAUUGCCCGUCAGAUGGCGACGGCCAUCAGCUACGUGCACACAUUUGGCUUUGUUCACAAGAACAUUCGUCCAGAGACCUUGAUUUCCUAUGUCGGUACGCAAACAUCUUCAUCACCAGCCGUGUACUUGUUAGGCUUCGAGAACUUUCGCAAAGAGGAAGGGAGAACCUACCGAAUAAGCGACGAUGACUGGGAGAAAAACAUGUAUCGGCAUCCAUCGCGCCAAGGACCCACUCCGGACAGCGAAUACAUCAUGCAGCAUGAUAUCUACAGCCUUGGCGUAUGUCUUCUCGAGGUUGGGCUCUGGGACUCUUUCGUAUUAUAUGACAAAGAGACCGAAAAAGUGAGUCCAGCCCCGGUCUUGGGGUUACAGCAGCACGAUCAUCCAAUAAAUCAUUUGGAUUUUACGAAUGCUCUACUCCGCCUUUCACGCGACGAAUUGCCGCGGUGCAUGGGCAGGAAAUAUGCGGCUAUUGUCGAGACGUGUCUGACAUGCUUGGAUCCCGACAACAUCGGCUUCGGUAACGAGAGCGACUUCAUGGACGACGACGGAGUGUUGGUUGGUGUCCGAUACAUUGAAAAGGUAAAAUCAAAGGUCAUCGCGCAAUUCCGAGACAUUAACAGCACAUACAGAUUCUAUCUCACUUGA